AUGGAUCUCGAUAAAUCUCUCGAUGACAUUGCUGCUGAAAAGCGAAAAACAGUUCCUCAACAACCACGUAAAGCUCCUCGAGUAAGUAGUGGUAAUGAGAGAAGAUCAGGUAAUGCACCUUAUGCUAGACCACCUGCUCGGUCAACCGACGAGAAAUGGGUACAUGAUGCAUUCCAAGGACCAAAGAACAAUCGUGGAGAUCGUGAUAGAUCUUUUAACGCGAAUGCAGGUGCAGGUGCAGGCGUCCCUUUUACUGGUAUUUCAACGAGAAUCGAAGUCAUCGGAUUACACUAUGAGGUCACUCCUGCGGAUCUAAAGACUAUAUUCUCACAAGCCGGAACUUUAGUUCAAGGUCCUAAUAUACGUUACGAUCGAUCUGGCCGAUCAAAAGGUGAAGCUACAAUGGAAUUCGCUUCUCCCCAACAGGCCAAGAUCGCUAUCAACAAAUUCGAUGGAGCGAUGACCAAAGGUCAAACCAUUUCGAUUAAACUUUUACCACCUAUUGUCGCCAGAGGACCUGGUCCUCGACCCGCCAAUGGUGCAGGUGCAGGUGCCGGAGCUGGAGCUGCAAGUGGUCAAUCUCUUCUUUCCAGAAUCCAAGGUGGUGCCCCUUCUGGUCCUGCUGCUAACGCUCCAAAUGCUGGAAGAGGCGGCAGAGGAGGAAGAGGAGGUCCUGGUAGAGGUCGAGGUGGUAAUGCGGGUGGAGGUGGAAGAGGAGGAAAGAGAGGUCCUACAUCUCAAGGUGAUCUAGAUAAAGAAUUAGACAAUUUCAUGACUAAAGAUGCUACCACUGGUGAUGUCGAUAUGGCUUAA